CAGGAUGAUGUUACCUUACGCACUUCCGACUCAUGCACCGCUUGCUAAAUUCCUAAGGCAAAAUUAGCCGGGGGCGCGCUGGUGGGCUAACAGCUAAACAGCUAACGAAACAGGGAGAAAGGAGGCUUGGACAUUCACAACACACAGACCAUAAUAAUCUGCACCAGUGCAGAAAAAUAAACCGAACUAAUCUGACCACACACGGCAAAGGAACCCUCGUCCCAGAUGAACAUGUUCAGUGUGCUAUAAUUAUUAUCAAAACACCACUGUACAAUCCAAGGCUGCAAGUGCUCACAUUCAGAAAAAUGGAGACAGAAGCAGAGGUAAUCCCUAUUUGGCAAAAUAAACCACAUGGAUCAACUCGUAGUGUGGUGAGACGAAUUGGUUCUACGCUGCCUCUUAAACCCUGUCCCAGGGCUUGUUUCCAGGAACUCCCAGGCCUUCCUCCAAUGCGCUCUUUGGAUGGCCCACUGGUGCCUACGCUGGCAGAUAUUGCCUGGAUUGCAGAUGAUGAGGAGGAGACAUAUGCCAGAGUGAGGAGUGACACACGUCCCCUAAGGCAUGAGUGGAGGCCAACACCGCUGCUGAUCAUGCACAGGAACUCGUCUGUGCCCAACUUCAGACGAGAAGGUAGGCGAGUCGAGGGUCUGAGGAAACCAGGUGUUACCGCUCUAAACCGCACCACAGCUUUACAAGAUGAGUUGACUCGACUCCGAGCCCAGAUCGCCAAGAUCGUUGCUUCAGAAUCAGAUUCGAACCCCAUCACCCCUGACCUGCUGUCCCCUGAUGACACUAGUGUGGGCUUCUCCAUGGCUCCUUUUGAGACUGCUGCUUACCAGGCUGCUCCCACAGCCUCCUUUGUCAUUAGUGAUGUCACAGAAGAGGAAGAAGAAGAGGAGGAAGAAGAGGACGAAGAGGAGGAGGUGUCAGAGCUGGUGCCUGAUCCUGUGCCGCCAGUUUCCAUGACAUCAUCUGCAACUUUUGAUCUUGAUCACCCUACUAUGGACUUUCGAGAGCCGGAGGAAGACACAGUGUCUCUUUCAAAAUCGACAAGCUUUGCUGAUGUAAUGGACAUCCUGAAAGACAUGAACCGCAUGAAGAUGAGCAAGGACAGAUAUAACCGUGGGUGCACCUCACUGAGGGAGGAAGAUUCUGCCUCUCUUAUAUCUGAAGCAUUGAGGAAGAAAUUCGUUCUGAAGGAUGAUGACAUCAGUAUGAGGAAAUGAUCUGUUAUCCAGACCUUCUCAGCAGACUCUCUAUUAGGGCUGUGCCUGUGGACUGUUGCCAUGGAAACCCCAUAAAGCCUCUGAAUAAAACAAGUUAUUCUGCAUUCCUCAAUGCUACCACAAUGCUGCGCUGUUGUGACACGUCUGAAAGGAAAAGAAGCAGAUUUCGUCAGCACACACACAUACAUACUCCAACUGGGACUGAGCGACCAAGUUUGUAAUGUGUGUGUGCGCACAUAAUGAUAGCCUUUAUACUCAGCAGAUCAGUGAUCACCUUUGUCGUUCCAUCAUAGAUUUUGUGAAAUCUAAGCACUACUUCCUGUUUCACCAUCAUUGUUUUGUUAAUUUCAAUUGGACAUUAGUAUCUUCAGAUCCUUUAUCAACAAGCACGCAGUCGAUAUUUCAAAACCACAUCAUAUUCAAGCCAUGAAAUGACAGAAGAAUCCUGAAGGAUCCCAGUUCCAAUUUUGUAUAUGUGUAGUAUGGAGCUGUAGAAGUGUAUCUCUUGCCUUACACUUUCCCUCAUACAACCCUGUUAUACUUGAAGCAGUUUUGAUUACUGAUCUGAUGUUACGAUACAUGCGUAUUUUUGCCUCCGUUCAGAGACUAAACAAGAGGCUGUUCUAUUUAAAGGGUUUGUGUGUGUGUGUGUGCCUGUGCACUGAAGACUUUGAAUUGCAUUUUGAUGUCAUUAGCACUCUGUGAUUUCCCCUUCUACCCUACAGACUUUUGAAGUGUAUAUUGUGUAAGAAGACUGAUGUGAUUCUGCAAGAUAAGUUUUGAAUUAACAAUUUGUGUGGUUUAUCUUUAGUUGGUACAUGAGGGGAAAAACUAUAUUUGGCUUUUGCUAGUGUCAGGCAGGUUGUAAAUGUUUCUGUAAAAUCGGAAUAGCAUGUGUGAUGUGGCUGUUGGCUGUGACUGUAAGCCAGUUGAGAGGGUGCCUCAUGUUUUUUAUGAUGAUAGAAGAUGUUUUUUCCUUUUACAAAGUGUAACAAGAAGUUUUAUGCAUACAUUGCUUUUGUGCCAGGAUCGCUCGUCCCUCACUAAAGUGGAAAUUGAACCCGAAAUGUGCUUUUCUUUCAGUUUCUUGUUUUGGACAUGGCUGCAGCCUUUCCCCAUCUGUCUGACACAUUGCAUUAGAAGAUAUGUUUUGGUGUUUUUAAUCCAAAACCUUUCUUCUCAAACUUCACAAGCCUCCAGCUAUGUUGAAUCACUUUUAAUACGAAUUUGUUACUUACAAAACAAAAUUUAAACCCACUACUACAUAAAAUUCAAUUCAUUAAGUGAUAUUCUAGUUUACAGACUGUUUUCAUAUCCACACUAUAUUCAUAUUUGAGUCUGAUUAAUGUUGUCAUCAAUGCUAAUUUGUGUAAUAUCAUGCACUGAACGUACUAACGUAUGUUCCUGUACCUGUCAUUAACAGGUAAAAUGUGCUGCGCUUUCAUUCUGACUGCAGGGUUUCAUUUAUAGUUUUUACCAUAGUAAACACUUCAGGUUUGCUUUUAUUCAGGUCAGUCUUGCAGUUCCAUGGUUUGUUUUAGAGGACAGAAACUUGUGUACAUGUGUGUUUGGUUUUUGUCAAAUAAGGAUAUUCUAUCUGCCUGUUGUUUGUGUGUAAGAGGAAAUAAAUGGUUAAAUGCA